CACGGCGUGCGCUCCGCCGCCGCGUGUCAGCCGCCGGUGCCCGCUCCGCUGCUCAGGCGGACCAGACCGGUUGGUGGCUCUCUGGCCGGCACACGGCGGAGUGGAGGUCUCCAGCACGCCUGCGGCUCGACUGACUCCGACCUGACUGGACCUGACCUGACCCCACCCGGGUCGUGGCCAUGGCAACCCCGGCCGUCGCCGCCGCCGCCGAGGCGGUCGAGAAAGUCGGCAUCAACGUGGAGGAGCUCAUCACCCGGUUUUCGACGGUGGACUACGUGGUGUUCGCGUUGCUGCUGGCCAUCUCGCUGGGCAUCGGCCUCUACUACGGCCUGUGCCACAGCAGUGAGAUGAACGACACCGAGGGCUACCUGCUGGGCGGCCGUCAGAUGGGCACCUUGCCCGCCGCCAUGUCCCUCAUCGCCAGCUUCAUGUCGGCCAUCACGCUGCUGGGUACGCCCGCCGAGGUGUACCAGAACGGCACACAGUACUGGAUCAUCGGCUUCUCCUACUUCAUCGUGAUGCCGGCCGCCGCCUACCUGUACAUGCCCGUCUUCUUCAACCUGCGCGUCAUCUCCGCCUACGAGUACCUGGAGUUGCGGUUUCAUCGCGUGGUUCGGGUCACUGGAGGCGCUAUAUUUUGCAUACAAAUGUGCAUCUACAUGGCCAUCGUGGUCUACGCCCCAUCACUGGCGCUGUCUCAAGUGACUGGAAUAAACGUCUACCUUUCGGUGUGCGUCAUCUUCUUCGUCUGCAUUAUAUACACGACGCUGGGCGGUAUGAAGGCAGUGCUCUGGACGGAUACCGUCCAGGUGGUCAUCAUGUUCGGCGCCAUGCUGGCUGUCAUCAUCAAAGGCUCGUUCGAUGUCGGAGGGUUCAGCGAAGUCUGGGAGAUAUCGAGACAAGGAGACCGGAUAGAGUUCUUCAACUUUGACCCCAACCCUGGAGUACGGCACACUGUCUGGACGCUGGUGGUCGGCGGCUACUUCACCUGGAUCACCAUCUACGGCGUCAACCAGGCCCAGGUGCAGCGCUACCUGUGCGUGCCCACCAAACGCCAGGCGGCCACCGCCAUCUGGAUUAACUGCUUCGGCCUGUUCCUGCUGCUGACCAUUUGCGGGUACGCCGGCCUGGUCAUCUACGCCAAGUACCAUCUGUGUGACCCACUGACCUCCAAGAGUGUCAGCACCCCUGACCAGCUGUUCCCACUGUUCGUCAUGGACACCAUGGGUGAAAUCCACGGCGUGCCCGGCCUGUUCGUGGCCGGCAUCUUCAGUGGCGCUCUCAGCACUGUGAGCUCUGGAAUCAACUCACUGGCUGCCGUGACAGUUGAAGACUUUGUGAAGCCGUUCAGGAAGGUCGCAAUUUCCAGUCAGCAGCAGGCCAAGAUGUCCAAAUUUCUGGCCGUUGGCUUCGGUCUGCUCGCGUUUGCCUUGGUCUUCGUCGCCGAACGGCUUGGAGACAUCCUGCAGGCGGCCCUCAGCAUCUUCGGCAUGGUUGGCGGCCCUCUGCUGGGCCUCUUCACCCUCGGCAUGUUCUUCCCCUGGGCCAACUACAUCGGUGCCAUGGUGGGUACUUUCACCGGUUUGAUCAUCAUCUUCUGGAUCGGAGUCGGUGUUCAAGUCGAAAAGGCAUACGGCCGCAUUCACUCUGACAAGCUUAUGGUCUCGAUCGAGGGCUGUCCUCGAUAUAACGUGACCAGUGAGGACCUGCUCACUACGACACUAGCGCCAUCUACGACCACCAUGGCCUCAGCGGAAGUGGAAGAUCCAGGGGAGGCGCUGGGCGUGUACUACCUGAGCUACAUGUACUACUCUGCGCUGGCGUCGGCCGUCGUGGUGGUGGUCGGCCUGGUGGUCAGCUUCAUCACCGGCGCGCGCGACCCCCGGCGCCUCGACCCGCGGCUGAUCGUGCCGCUCGGCGACAAGCUCUUCUGUUUCCUGCCCGACUCGUGGCGACGCUUCCUGAACUUCCACGUCGGCGAGGAUUUCGAGCCGGCCGAUGGUAACGGGCUUGAAAUGAAGACGCCCCCGGUGCACGAGAACGGUCACGAAAACAUGGCAGGCCCCCACUUGAAGAGCUACACUGAGAUCGACGACAGAUAGGUCUGAAGACGGAGUCUGUCGAGGAGAGUAGUUAGCUAUGUUGCACGUCAUCCGAUUGCCUUUGGAGUUUGUGCGAGUGCGUUGGCCGACAGCUGGGCUCCGGGGAUAUGGUGAUGCCAUGAAAAUGCCUUUAACGGUGGUUCCCGGUAGUUAACAUAUUAGAGCAUAUCAGCGAAAAACGUACCGCUAGCAGUACACUAAUGUCGAAGGUACGGGAGGAGGUAUUUUACAGCCAGUACUCGUAAAUGCUUUAGCAAAGUGACGUAGCUCAUGGAAAAUAAUGGCGUUACAUGUGAACGGUUGGGCCAUUGGAGUACAUCUUCAUGCAACUGUUGCCCGUCGUCGCUCCGGCUUCGUAGUCGAGUUCUAAAUCAUCUCAGAUGUAAGGACGUGUCAGCAUGCGCUUGCUUUUGUAACAGUAAAUCGCAACUGCCCACAUUAAAAUCCACUGCUUACGUUCGAUGCUCGAUUCCUUAUGUCAUUUAGUGACUGGAAUACUCUCCUAAGAGGCCAGAUAUUGAUGUGUGUUUUGGCAAUGCUAAAGAAUGAGCAAUGUUAUCUGAUGGAUAGUAUUUUUCAUGGUAUCUGGCCUCACUUGAGUGGCUUUAAAAAGUCAAAAGUCUUACAGAUUAACUCAAAAUUAAGCACGGAAAACUAUCCAGCAUCAACCCAAAACUAGUUGCUCCAAUAUACGUCUUUUGUAUAGCACGUAUCUCACAUUAUCAGUUUUGGCGCCGAAAAGGGCAGCCAGCCAGCAUUUGUAUAAGGUGUGAUGACUUUGGUGCGCACUGUGUCGACCUAUCGACAGCCCUGAAACGAGUUGAGACGAGACGCCGGCGGGCCGCCAUACUUAUUCACGCCACCGAAUGCAUUUGCCAUUGGUCUCAGCGUGGAUGUGUCUACAUGUGGUCGCUGCAGCAUUUGUGCGUGACAGGUGUCCUGGAAAAUGUAUUACAUCCUCACGCCGUGACCAUUCGUGACGUCUCGCUCCUGGCAGAACGACAUCCAUACGAAAUGUUCAAGUGAAAUGCAAUACAUCAUUUUUAUCCA